UUUCAUGUCAAACAAACAAACACUAGUCACUAGUGACUGUGUUAUUCCUCACUCACCAUGGCCAUGAGAACCAACCUUUCUUUAGCUAUCUUUCUCUUCUUCUCUUUUGCCUUAUUCUCAAACCUAGCCUUGUGCAAAAAAGUAACCGAGGUAGAAGACCCGGAGCUCAUAACAUGCAAACACCAGUGCCAACAGCAAUGCGAAUAUACCGAGGACGACAAGCGGGCAUGCGUGCAACGAUGUGACGUGUACCAUCGCACAAAGCAAGAGCGAGAGAAGCAGAUCCAAGAGGAAACUCGUGAGAAGAAAGAGCGUGAGAUGGAGGUAAAAGGGGGUCACCAUCACCAUCAUGAAGGGAAAGAAAGUCAUGAUGAAGGGGAGCAAGAGAAGCAACAGGAAAAUCCCUAUGUUUUUGAAGAAUCUAGCUUUGACACCAAAGUGGAGACGGAGAGUGGCAGAAUUCGGCUUCUUCAGAAGUUCACUAAGAAAUCAAAGCUUCUUCAAGGCAUCGACAAUUUUCGUUUGGCCAUCAUAGAAGCUAAGGCACGCGCUUUCAUGUCUCCACUCCACUUUGAUUCCGAGGUUGUUUUGUUCAUCGUGAAGGGGCAAGCCUUGCUUGGCAUGGUGAGGGAAAGUGAAACAGAAAAAUUCAGUCUUGAAGCUGGAGACAUGCUGAGGAUACCAGCUGGCACCCCACUAUACAUAGCUAACAGAGAUGAUAAUGAGAAGCUCUUCUUUGCGAUGCUCCAUAUGCCUAUCUCUACUCCUGGAAAAUUUGAGGAAUUUUUCGGACCUGGAGGACAAGACCCGGAAUCGGUCCUCUCAGCAUUCGGCUGGAAUGUGCUGCAAGCUGCGCUCCAAACCCCAAAAGGAAAGUUGGAAAAGCUUUUCAAUCAACAGAACGAGGGAAGGAUUUUCGAAAUAAGCAGAGAACAGUUGCAAGCGUUGGCCCCGAAGAAAGGCUCUUGGUGGCCUUUCGGUGGGCCAUCCAAGGCUCCAUUCAAUCUUUUCAGGAAGUAUCCGGUUUUCUCCAACCGAAAUGGUCGUCUAACUGAAGUUGGUCCUUCUGAUUCAAAGAGUGGCCUUGAAGCACUGAAUAUCAUGCUCACCUUUACCAACAUCACCCAGCGAUCUAUGAGUACUAUUCACUACAACUCACAUGCAACAAAGAUAGCACUGGUGAUCAACGGUACUGGGCAUCUUCAAAUUGCGUGUCCACACCUCGCAUCAAAGUCAGAGUCAGAGCACGAAAAGAGUAGCCCCUCAUACCAUAGCAUCAGCAGCAACUUGAAGCCUGGAACGGUGUUUGUUGUCCCUCCCGGUCACCCCUUCGUCACCAUGGCUUCAAGGAAAGAGAAUCUCCUCAUUAUUUGCUUCGAGAUUAACGCUCGAGAGAACAAGAAGUUUACAUUCGCUGGGAAGAACAACAUUGUGAGCUCUCUUGACACCGUUGCUAAGGAGCUGGCAUUUAACUAUCCUGCGGAUAUGGUGAACCAAGUCUUCGACAGAAAAGAGGAAUUCUUUUUCCCUUUCGUGUUGCCGAGGGAGGAGCGUGGUCGUUACGCUGAUGCGUGAGUGAGAGGUUUGAUUGGAAGAAACCAUGCAUCAAGGAAUGUGUUAAGCUUUGAGAGUCUUUUUAUUUCUGUAUUUUGUGUUAUGUUGCGAGUUCUUUAAAUUAGCCAGAUGGAGUAUGUGUAUGUAAGAGCAUGCAGGGAUGCGAAUGAAAUAAAAUGGCCUCUGGUUGCUAAUUUUGCUAUCUGUUAUGAUAGCAGAAUAACAAGGGUUGUGUCA